GUCGCCAGUUUCCCUGCUUCCCCGAAGAAGAAAAAAAACAAGUGCCCAAAGUUACCUAUUAAAUAUUCUUGCAAAAUAUGUAAAGAAAAAACACGUCCAAAAAUGUAAACUUUUGUGGUAAUAUUAAAAUGUGGGUAUACGGAUUAAAUAAAUACAUCUAAAAAGAAAGCAAAACAAAUAGUUCAAUAUUUCUGCGUGCACAUCUAAAGCGCGUUCACGCCAUCAACGAGCAAAACUUCAGUUACAGACAAGAUCGUCGAGGAACAGGACACAAUCCGGUUAAAAUGACAGACAUCACAGAGGCCAAUAAACAGGCGCGCUCUGAAACGGGAGCACCAAUCAAAGCAUGGAUGAAGGGCGGGACUUCCUGUCGGUGACGCGGUAGCGAAGUGGAAGCGCCGCCGUCAAUCAAAUUAGGAAAAAAACAAACCGGACUAAAGCGAGCGCAGGCACCGAUUAAAAUAACCAUGCUCGGAGUGUAAUAUAACGUAAAUAUCAGCGCUUAAAAAAAUCAAGUAAUGACCGCGCUUGAAGGGCCAGCAAAAGCGGGAGUGAUGGCGGACAGCAGCAGCGCUCAGGACGGCUGCGGCGUGGAGCAGGACGGCCAGCCCUCGCCUCUCGCCAUGCUCGCCGCCACCUGCACCGGCCUCGGUUCGCCCGCCCCCGGGGGAGAGAACGGGGCGAACUCUCAUAGUGCUACUGGAGUGAACGCAGAGAUCUCCAUGCAGUUAACAGGGUCGUCUGACAGGUGGGAGGCCGUUAAGGACGAUUCCGGUGUCUUGCAUCUCCCCGGCACAGGUAUCGUCACGUCCAACGGGCAGUACGUUCUUCCGCUCCAGAGCCUGCAGGGUCUCCAGAACCAGUCCAUCUUACUUACAUCAGGGACAGACGCGUCCACCGGCACAGUGCCUAACAUCCAGUAUCAAGUGAUCCCUCAGGUGCAGACGGCCGACGGGCAGCUGGGUUUCUCUGCCUCUGUGGUUGAGGGGGCCUCGAUGGCGCAGGACGCCUCGGGGCAGAUCCAAAUCCUCCAGGACGGGACUCAUACCAUCAGCGUCUCGGGAGCGGGUGAAAUUCUUAGCAACAGUCAGAACCUCAUGACCCAGUCCGGACAAGUGCACCAGAUCCCACAGGUUUCUCUGGGAAGUUCUGGCUUCAGCGGUCAAGGUCAGGUGGUCACGAACAUGCCUCUGGGUUUGCCUGGGAACAUUACCUUUGUGCCCAUAAACAGCGUCGAUCUGGACUCUCUUGGACUCUCGGGGGCCCAGGCGAUAGCCACUGGCGUCACAGCUGAUGGACAGCUGAUCAUGAGCAAUCAGGGUAUGGAGAACUCAGAGGGCUCUGAGAAAGCGGGACGCCAUCAGCAGACGCUCAACUCUAAUGAGAUGUUCGUGCCUACCACGUCUUCAGCAUCCUCGCAGCAGGCCAGCACGAUUGAUGGCACGGGUGUGUUGACGCAGUCUACGGCGGGAGAACAGGGCGACGGGUCGGGCUACCUCACUCAGGGUUCGGUGCAGCUGUCUGGAGGACAGCAGGUGGUCCAGCUGCAGCAGAUGCACUUGCAGAGCAGUGACGGUCAGGUGUCCGCUCAGUCCCACCAAACCCUGCAAAACAUUCAGCUCAUCAACCCCGGAACCUUCCUCAUCCAGGCCCAAACAGUCACGCCGUCAGGACAGAUACAGUGGCAGACCUUCCAGGUCCAAGGAGUUCAGAAUCUUCAGAACCUUCAGCUCCAGACGGCUCCAACUCAGCAAAUUACUCUGGCCCCCGUGCAGACGCUGUCUCUGGGUCAGGGCGGUACACCGGUCAGCCUGACGUCAGGACACCUUCCUAACCUGCAGUCGGUGACGGUGAAUUCAGUGGGACAGUUCCAGCAGUCUGAGGACACUGACAGCACCGGAGAUAUUCAAAUUAAGGAGGAGCCUGAUUCGGAGGAGUGGCCUCUGGACAGUAGCUCUACGCUGAAUGCCAAUGACCUCUCUCACCUUCGUGUUCGUUUAGUGGAGGAGGAGAUGGAGGGCUUGAGCCAGGAGGGCAAACGGCUGCGCAGGGUCGCCUGCACCUGCCCCAACUGCAAAGAGGGAGGCGGGAGGGGGUCUAACAUGGGCAAGAAGAAGCAGCAUGUGUGUCAUAUAGUCGGUUGUGGAAAGGUGUAUGGAAAGACGUCUCACUUGCGAGCUCACCUGCGCUGGCACUCAGGGGAAAGACCCUUCGUCUGCACCUGGAUGUUUUGUGGAAAAAGGUUCACACGCAGUGAUGAAUUACAGCGACACAGGAGAACGCACACCGGAGAGAAGAAGUUUGUGUGUUCGGAGUGUUCGAAGAGAUUCAUGCGCAGCGAUCACCUGGCCAAGCACAUAAAGACGCACCAGAAUAAGAAGGUAGGGGGCGGAGCAGUGGUGGCUAGCGUGGGCGGGACCAUGUCCUCAGACAGCAUCAUCACGGCGGGGGGUACCACGCUCAUCCUCACCAACAUCCAGCCGGGCACUAUGCAGGGCCUGGCCACCGUCAAUGCUACGGUCAACACCUCAGGCUCACAGGAGCAACUGGGUACAGCGGAGAUUCCUCUGCAGUUAGUCUCCGUGUCUGCCGGGGACACAGCCGAGUGACCACAUGACCGGAUGUGGCGCAGAGGUGGGAAGACAUUCAUGGGAGGAACCGCUGCUUUGGGAUGCAACUUGAAUGUUCUGUCGGACUGCUAAGGUUCCGUCUCUUCCUGUAUGACGUCACAUCCUCUGCUACGGCCUCAGACUUCAUACAUCACUCACGCAUAUACUUUGCUUUUAUACCUUUACAUAUUUACCCUUCUUUACGUAAAUAUGUACAUUUACGUGAAUGCAUAUAUACACACAUAUAUAUAUUUUACAAAUAUAGAGUUAUUGGGGGUUUUGUUCAUCUUUUUAUGGGGAAGCAUUAUUUCUUUUCACAUACAACACUGAAAUGCCUUAUCUUGUAUUAUAAGCUGUCGUGUACAAAGCUAAAGUUCUUCAGGGGUGUUUUAAGCACCUGUUUCAGUAUGUAUUUGUUGGUAUGAGGUUUCAUUAUGUUGUAUAAAGAAUGGAGGAGCGGUGGGGAACUGGUGGCGAAUGUUCAAGUUCACAAAAAAUAAUUUUCAUUAAUUACAAACCCUCAUGUUGUACCAAACCUGUAUGGAUUUUUCUAAAAACAAUUUCAUGGAGUGCAAAUAUCUUUAAGUAGCUCCUUCCUACAAUAACCCUUUACAAAAAUGAUUCCUUAAAAAGGUGCUUAAAGUCUUCUAAAGCUGUAUGAUAGCUGUGUGUGAGGAACAGACUAAACAUGUUCUCAGUCUUAACCAGUCCAGGUUUGCAUCUAUUCAUGAAAUAUUACACGUCAUAUCGUGUAAAUGUUGCUCCAGAAGACAGAUUAUCUGUGGAAAGCAUUUGUUUUAUAUUUUAGACUGGAGCUUGACAUAUAUGGUAACUUUGCAUUGUCAUGCGUGGAUAAGAUCUGUGUGUUUCAACAGAACUUCAGUUUUUUUUGUGUGUCCUUGAUCAAAUUGACAGCAUACAUGUCUGAGACAAUAUGAGGGUGAAUACUUAAUGAAUGUUUUCUUUUGGGGGUGAACUUAAAUGUAGUUUAACUCUAGGUUAUAAGUGACAUUAGUGGUGUACAUUUUCCAAACGUGGAGAAAGACAACACGGGAAGGAUCGACUCUGAAGUUUAGCGUUGUGCCGUAGGGAGUUGUGAAAGUGUCCAGCUGUGUCUUUAAAAUGGCUCCUGAGAAUGGGGUCUUAUUUGAUCUAGUUUUAUUUUGUGUAGGGAAUCCCAGGCCCAAUAAAUGGGGAACAUAAACAAUCAUGUAAUUAAGAACAUUUUAUGUAUCGUUAUUCUCAAACCGCUCGAUCGGAUCUUUAGUAUGCAUUUGUUGCAAAUGAAGUCUUUUUCAGCAAAAAAUGAUAUUUAUAUACAGUGUAAUCUGGAUUUUUUUGUGUGUACAAUUGCUUUUCUAAGAACAACUACCUUUAGCUUCACUUUUUUAAGAACUGUAUGAGUCAAGAAUUGUUUGUAUGACAUGAAUUGGUUUGUAGGUUGCCAAAUUGAUCUCUAUUCAUACCCUUUGAUACCAUGCGCGAGAGGAAAAACUGUUCUUUUAUGUCUAUAUGUGAAUGUGCAGACAUGUGUUACAGGACCAAAAGAGCAGCUCCUCUACCUGAGCUGUGGCAAAUACUGGCACCAGGUGUAACAGACUGUAAAACAACCAAAUGCAUUGUGGGACAGUAUCUGUGUCCUUUACAGCAGGGGUCAUGUCUUGGGAAGUCACAUCACUAACUGACUGUGUGAUGAUGUAGAAAGUGUGUUUGGCUGUUAUGGUGUUUUGUUGUUGUUGUAAAGGUUUUUAUCUUUGUCUGCUCACCGUUACCAUGUUGAGGCUCUGACGCCUUUAAUCGACAUCUUUCGGAGAGAAAGAGAUUGUCAUCCUUAAAGGAGAAUUAAUCCCUCUCUCUUUGUUUGAUCGUUGAAUACUUUGUGAAGAGUUGUCGGGGAGAUGCACUCAUUGCUGUCUGUUCAAACAAAAGUUUGGCUUUGUUUUCAUUUGGUACCGUACAAUUAUUCUCUUAUCUGUUAUUUUUUUAUUCCUUCAGAUAAUUAUGAUUGAGUACUGUUGCCAAUUUUAGUUAUAAGUUUUUAUAUCUCCCAUAGCCAACAAAUUUGUACACUAUAUCCAGUUUCAUAUGAUUUGAUUGACAGGACCCAGCAGGCAAAGGCCACCUACUGAAACACUAUUUGUUUUUCUGAUUUGAUACGGCUUGUUCUUCAGUCACAAUGAUCCAGAUUGCAAUUUUACUGUGUUUUCCUAGUUUGUGAUGUCUAAUUUGCUUUUAUUCAUUAUAAAUAGCAUCUUGUCAUUUCACUUUUAUAUUUUUUAUUUGGUCUUUUCUCCAAGAAAGCUUCAUGCUAUUGUACAAUGCCCACUUUUGAGGGCAGCUGUUUAUUUCACACUAAAAUGACUAAACAAUC